GCCAUCCUCUUCAAUCUCAUUUCUCAUCAAACUCCCCAUCGUGAUGAUGAUGACCUCCUUAUAUGGCAGCCUUGUUCCUUUUUUUCUCCUCGCAGCACUGAUGAUGGCACCUGUGAGCGAGAGUCGGAGGAGCUUUCGAGAAAUUGUGCCGAAUUCGGGGGGUAGUCAUGGUGAAAGUAAGGGCACCCAAUGGGCUGUUCUAGUCGCCGGAUCCAACGGUUAUGAAAAUUAUAGGCACCAGGCGGAUGUGUGCCAUGCCUACCAAAUCCUUAAGGCAAAUGGAUUGAAAGAUGAGAACAUUAUCGUGUUCAUGUACGACGACAUCGCCCGUAACAAGAAUAAUCCCACCAAGGGUAUCAUCAUCAACAAACCCAACGGCCCCGAUGUCUACCAUGGAGUUCCCAAGGAUUACACCGGCGUUGCGACAACAGCAGCCAACUUGUAUGCAGUCCUUCUCGGGAACAAGACGGCCCUUAGCGGGGGUAGCGGCAAGGUCUUGAAUAGCGGCCCAAAUGACCACGUCUUCUUCUAUUACGCUGACCACGGGACCACGGGACUAGUGACCAUGCCUGUGGGGGGCUACGUAUACGCGAACGACCUGAUGAAAGUGUUGAAGCAAAUGUAUAAGGCGAAGAAAUACAUGAACAUGGUGAUAUACAUAGAGGCAUGUGAGUCGGGGAGCAUGCUGCAAGGGUUGCUUCCAAAGGACAUGGGGAUCUAUGCGACCACGGCAUCGAAUGCCGAGGAGAGCAGCUAUGGCUACUACUGCCCUGGAGAUACUACUGACGGUGAUCCCUCCAAGUACGACACUUGUUUGGGGGAUCUCUACAGCAUCGCUUGGAUGGAGGACAGUGAUGCCCACAAUUUGGGGAAGGAAACAUUGCAGGAGCAAUACUUAUCUGUGAAGAAGAGGACCAAUAUGUCCCAUGUGAUGCAAUAUGGGAACACCGUUCUUAGCCAGGCCUUCCUCUCUACUUACAUGGGCCAAAGCACCAACAAAGUCUCUUCCGUUCCCUUGGAGGAGCUCUUUUCUUCGAAAUCCUGGGCAGUUCCCCAACGGGAUGCUAAUUUGGUCUUUUUCCAACGCAAGGUGCAAAAAGCUCCGAAAGGGUCUGCUGAGAGUGUAGAGGCACAAAAGAGACUGGACGAACAAAUUGCUCGCCGAUCACAUAUUGAUCGCAGCAUCAACCAAAUUGUCAACCACCUCUUCGGAGGCUCCAGUGACGCAAGCAUGUUGACUGCUGUUCGACCUGGAGACCAACCUGUUGUUAAUGACUGGGACUGCCUCAAGACAUUUGUGAGGACUUACGAGCAAUAUUGUGGACGCCUGAGCGAGUAUGGAAUGCAAUACACAAGAGCCAUGGCGAAUAUGUGCAACGCUGGAGUAGACAAGGAUCGUAUGGAAGCAGCUUCCAUUCAAGCUUGUUCUGGAAAAGCAAAGUGAAAAUGAUUAUUAGUGUCCUCAUAAUGCUUGUGUAAACCUUUUGGAUUACAUAUAUGGAGUAUAUGUGCUGCUUCUAAGAAAUUGGAAUAAUUUUACAUUGGCAACC